AUGGCAGAUUACCAGCAGAUCCAACAGGAUGAGUUCAAUGCUCUGGAGGCCAUCUACAUGGAUGACUUCAAAGACAAGACUGCGCAAUCAUCUGCUUGGAACGGGAGACCUGCUCCGAGCUUUGAGAUUUCACUGAAAUCGCAAUCUGAAAAGGGGCCUAUUUUGUCCUUGACGUUGGAUGUCCAACUGCCAGCGACGUAUCCCAAGACGGUGCCAUUAGUGAAGUUCACGAACCAGAAACACAUUUUGGACUCGCAGCUCAAGGUGAUGAUGGACUUGGUUUCCAAAAAGUGCAACGAAAUGAAGGGAAGUGAGAUGAUCUUUGAAGUGGCCUCCAUCGUACAGGACCAUCUGGACAUGUUCCAGACCAAUGCCAAGAGCGAGUCGCUUGAGGAAGAACGCAUCAAGAGACUCGAAAAACAGAGAGAGGACUUGGAGCGUACCCAGAAGAUGAAGCAGGAAGAGAUGGAUCGCGAGAGGCAGAGAGAACAAGAGCUAUUCGACAGAAUGCUUGAGCAGGAGAAACAAAGAAGGAACUUUUCUCUAUCUGACGCUGACGAUAGUCCGCCUCAGGAGUUGAAUGGAACCCCUCGUAAGAUUCUGAGAACGAAUUCAGGCCUUGAUGAUGCCAGCUAUAUUCCUGAAGGAUCCGAUCACGUUAUCUUUGACAGGUUCAUUACGUCUAGAUUGGAUGCUCCUUCAACCAAUAUCUCCUUCAAGUUCAGGGCAGUCACUGGACUGGUCCCCGUAACGCCCUCGGGUGUACUCAAGGAAUGUUCGGCUCAGUAUCUGGUAAAGCCCUAUAUACCCGAGUGCUCUCCCUUAUAUCAAAUCAUCUCGGAUCAGGAGAAUCAGGGAAAUACAAUUCAUUACCUUCUGACCGAAGUCCAGCUCACAAAUCCUUUCUGGCAGACCAAUCAAGGCAAGAAAAGUCUCCAUUAUUUGGAACGCGAGCUUCAGUCUGUGUGUGAUCUAAGAAGUGAGUUUGUGGCCUCAGUCUAUGCUACACAGAUUGAGCAUAUUUUCACAGAUCCGCAUAUAAUGAUGGAGAGCAGUGCUGCGAAGAAGAAAUCCAGAAAAGACGUUGAUACCAGCGGAGCAUGGAGAAUUCGCAUACUGUCUGAGGUUUGUGAUAUGGGCACCUUGAACGAUCUACUGUCUACAGUGAAGUAUGCGAGUCUUGCUACCGCUAGGGAAUGGACCAUACAACUUUUGGAGAGCUUGGAGUUUGUGCACAAAAAGGGCUACAUUCACAAAUGUUUGAACCCAGAUGCUAUUUACGUAUACAGUCGAGAUGCAGUUAAUCCACCACGGGUGAAACUGUUGGGAUUAAGUUAUGCCUAUACCAUCUUGGAUAUGUUUGCAGAUCAUCCCAACUCUGAGUCGGAUGAGGCUCCCAUGAUAUGCAACGUAUGGCCUGCCCCCGAAAGAAUUGUAUCAUCGGAUAACAAGGCACCAAAGCCACAGAGAAAAACAGAUGUGUGGGAUUUGGGAGUCACUUUUGUCCAGAUGGUUGCGGGCCUUGACAUCACAUCUGAGUAUGCGUCCCCUGAAGAUUUUCUGACAAAUUUUACACUGCUCGAUGAUAGUCUGCGGGAAUUUCUUUGUGCAAUCUUCAUUACGAAAACCAAAAAAAGAAGCGAUCCGUUGGGACUUCUGCCGUCAAAGUUUCUCAGGACGAAUAUGUCCGAUGGGCCCUUGUCCUAUUUAUCUGGUCACUCUUCUAGUCAAUCACAUAAAACGGGUGCAGUUUCUGGAUUUUCCAAUCAGACCGAUUUAGGAAUAAGCAGAGAUACGGUUACUUCUGCCACAAUUCUCGACAACUCAAGAUCACAGAAUGGUGAGAGAUUUGCGUUUGAUUUGCCAAGACAGAGAUAUUACUCAAGGUAUGCACAAGACUUCGAGGAGGUGGGUAUAUUGGGCAAAGGUGGGUUUGGUGAGGUUGUAAAAGCCAGAAACAAGCUUGAUGGCAGAUUCUACGCUAUCAAGAAGAUUCGUCAUACUGAGGACAAACUGUCUUCCAUUUUGAAUGAAGUGAUGCUCUUGGCCCGUCUUAAUCAUCAGUAUGUUGUGAGAUACUUUGCAGCCUGGCUGGAAGAAGACUACCACUCCUCAAUGACCCGUAAGUCAGAGUCAUCAUCAGAAGAAUCAGAAGAAUCAGAAGAAUCAGAGGAAUCAGAGGAAUCGGAGGAAUAUGAUGAGGAUACUGGCUAUUUGUCUGGUGCCAACAGAUCCCACAGCCAUAGUUAUGUAGAUUUCAUCUCUACAUCAGCGCAGCCAGCAAUUGAGUUUGGGUUUUCUGACGACGAGUCUGAUUGCGACGAAGAGGAAAUCUCUACUGCGUUUACUUUUGGAUCAGAUUCUGAUGUUCCUGCUUCUCCAAUGGUGAAAAAAAACAGGACGAGACGCCAGUCUGUUACCGCCACAAGGCAAAAGAGUACCCUUUUCAUCCAGAUGGAGUACUGUGAGAAUCGUACGCUAUACGAUUUGAUCAAACAGGGUCUUCCAGGCUAUCCUGAUGAUUACUGGAGAAUUUUAAGGCAAAUACUGGAAGCUCUAAGUCACAUCCACUCACAAGGUAUCAUUCAUCGAGAUUUGAAACCCAUGAACAUUUUUAUCGACGAACAGCAAAACGUGAAAGUUGGUGACUUCGGUCUGGCUAAGAAUGUUCAUAAUCUUUCUUUUGAGAAUUCGGCAAGAAAGCUAAAUCAGACGAUGAGUACAGAGGACCUAACUUCUGAUAUUGGUACAACAAUGUAUGUUGCAGCAGAAGUUUUGACUGGAAAUGGAUCUUACAACGAGAAGGUUGAUUUAUACUCUCUUGGUGUCAUCUUUUUUGAGAUGGUUUAUGCUUUAAACACAGGAAUGGAGAGAUAUUCGGUUUUAAAGAAUUUGAGAUCUCUGGCUGUCAUAUUUCCGGGUGACUUCGACUCAAGUCGUCUUCAGACAGAGAAGAAAAUCAUAAGGUCUCUACUGGACCACGAUCCUGACCAGAGACCCUCUGCUCAAGAGCUACUUCAAUCAGGUUUGGUGAGAAUCCAACAGCAAGACCAUUUGAUGAAAGAGGCUUUGAAUGCUUUGGCAGACCCAUCGUCGGCAUGGCAUCACCAGGCUAGAAACACCCUUUUUGCUCAGCCUUACAGUUUUGCUAGAGACCUUCUUUUUGGACGAGGAAAGGAGUUCACUACAUCCGAGUACCUUCUAUACACAAAGAUGAUCCAGGAAAUCAAUAAGAUCUUCAAACGUCAUGGUGCAAUCGAAUCUAUGGAACGGCCAGUUGUGUUUCCUAAGUCUCCGCUGUACAAUUCCGAGUAUCAGGUAUACGACUUACUGGACCGGACUGGUUCGAUUCUUCAGUUGCCAUAUGACUUGACCUUACCCUUUGCAAGGUCACUCGGAAGAAAGUUACCACCUGUGCAGAAGCUUUUCUGUUGCGAUUAUGUAUAUAGAGCGAAUGACAAAGAUGAAGGAUCUGGGCCUGAGAGGUUUCGCGAGAUUGACUUUGAUAUCGUGACAAGAGACUCUAGCGAUUCUGCUCUUUAUGAUGCCGAGUGUAUCAAGGUCGCCGAUGAGAUCAUCUCAAUUUUUCCAUUUUUCAGUUCUUCCAAUGCGAGUUUUGUGAUUAACCAUUGUGGUAUGCUGGAGGCGAUUUUGGAGUUUUGUGGGAUAGAAACCGCGCAAAUAGUCAAAGUUGCGGCAGUACUGUCCGAGGUUGGUUAUGGAAAGACCAUGAAAGAGGUGAGAUCGAUCUUGAAGACUGAUCUGAAUGUCAUGUCUACGGUUCUUAAUGACCUGGAGCAGUUUGAUUUCAAUCUGCCUAUAGAGGAGGCUCGUUUGAAGCUACACAAACUGAUGACAGACAGUCCGUACAUUGCGAACGUCGAUGAGUGCUUGAAAUACCUUGCCAAAGUUAUUGGGUAUCUCAGUCCUCUUGGAGUUACUACUACUGUGUUGAUAUCUCCAUUCAGUAGUUACAAUUCAGGUUUUUAUGAGAAGCAGAUGAUGUUCAAGGCUGUUUAUGAAGACAAGUUCAAAAACAUCAUUGCCGCUGGUGGUCGAUAUGACAAUCUGAUUUCUUCACUAUCCAGGCAUAAGACGUCUUCAUCAUUGCCUCAUGCUGUUGGAUUUAGACUUGCAUGGGACUUUCUGUUUGCUACAAUGAGUAGAUAUCAGUCAAUGUUUGUUGCCAAGCACGCUUCUUCCAAAAAGAAAGCAAAAUUUUUGAAGGAUAAUGUUUCCAAAGUCAAAUGGGUUCCUACAAGAUGCGAUGUUUUGGUUACAUGCUUCACAGGAUCGAUCCUCCGUUCCGCUGGUGUUGAAAUCAUAACGAGAUUAUGGUCUUGCGAUAUCAGUGCUGAUAUUCUGCGCAAUUGCUUUACGACCGAGGACGUCAUAAGCCAUGCUCAGACUGAUGGUGCCAAUUGGAUUGUCAUCAUCAAGCAACUAUCUGGUGCGGUGGCCGCGGGUUCCAAAGGAAAGUACAAACCGCUCAGACUGAAGAACCUUGAUUCACAAACUGAUAUUGAUGUUGAUAUGGAUGAACUACUGCAAAUUUUGAAAACAGAGAUCAGGGCUAGAGACGGGUUUGGUGUUCCUAUUGGUGAUGAAGGAGUCACCAAGACUGGAGACAGCGAAAACGAACAUGACAACCAUCUGACGGAAACAAUGUCCGAUAACAUGAAUGCGUUGAGUCUUGAAUUGAAAAAUGAACGCAGGGUUAUUGUGGUACCUAAUGAUGCAACCCGAGCCAACAAGAAAAGAAACAAGAAGGAAAGUUGGGUUUUGGCCGACAGUUCCCGACUUGCAUCUAACAAACUGAUGAUAGAUUUAUCGUCCGCCCCUGUAUUCAGCAUAGACGCUAGGGACGAAGUUUUAGAAAUGAUCGCGAUCACCUCGUUGGACCAACCAGAGGAAUGGAAGAGAAAAGUGGGGGGAGCAUCGAGUUUGACUCCGCGCAGCUACAUCACCAACAUGUAUGCUGCUCUAUCGAAGGAGGCUUCAAGAGGCACACAGUGGGCAAUUUUAUACUCCUCCAAGACGGAGAAGACUUGCAUAUGCGAUUUACAGAGAUAG